GGGCCGCGCCGGCCCCGCGCCCGCGGCAGCCACCGGCGCGGUGCUGAAGGCGAAGGCCGGGCUUGGAGCUCCUGCCCCGCCCGUGGCCCGUCCCGGGGACGUCAUGGGAGGGAGGUAUAAAACUUCCGCGGCGGGGGCUGGAGCGAGGCAGUGCGUGCGGGAGGGAAGGGGCGCGGCGCGGCGCGGCGCGGCGCGGCGCGGCCGGGGUCGCCGGCGAGCGGAGCUCUCGGGGCACCGGCAGCCCGGCGGGGGGCGGCGGGCCGGGCGCGGGCUGCUGCCCGGCUCCGCGGGGAGCGGAGCGGGGCCGCGCACCGGCCGCCCGCUGAGACGGGCGGGCAGCGGGCGAGGCGGCGGGGCGAUGUAGGGCGCGGGGCGCUGCGGCGGCAUGAAUGGUGCAGCGAGAGGGGCGGGCGCCGCGCUCCCCCCGCGGCGGCGGGGCGGCCCGGCCCGCUGACACGUGCGGCGGCGGCGGCGCGGCGGCGCGGGCACCGGCGGCGGCGGCGCGGCGGGGCGCUCCCGGCUGCGCGCCGCCCCCGGCCCCGGCUCCGCGGGACGCGGGGAGGCGCAUGGGGAAGGCGCCCGGCGCGGCGCGGCACGGAGCCUGCCGCUUCUCCUGGCGGAGCGCUGCCAGCUCUUCCUGGAAGUCCUGAAUCGCGCUCGGCGCAGUGAGUUCAUGCACCGCCUUGCCAAGCCUCAGCCUGCGGGAUCUCGGGAGGCUGCCGCGAAAGCGCCGCCCGGUCUCCUGCGCCCGCUCGCCGCUCCCCGGGGGUCUCUCCAGGGGGCCCCCGCCGCGGCCCCCUCGCACAUGAAGAUGUACGUGCAAAGGGCUCUGGUGCUGCUCUGCCUGCUGAGCUUCGCCACCGUGAGCCUCUCGCUGUCCUCCUGCACCACCUUGGACCUUGACCACAUCAAGAAGAAGAGGGUGGAAGCCAUUCGGGGGCAGAUCUUGAGCAAGCUGCGCCUCACCAGCCCCCCGGAGACCGUGGGGCCGGCCCAUGUGCCCUACCAGAUCCUGGCCCUCUACAACAGCACCCGGGAGCUGCUGGAGGAGAUGGAGGAGGAGAAGGAGGAGAGCUGUUCUCAGGACAACACCGAGUCCGAAUACUAUGCCAAGGAGAUCCAUAAAUUUGACAUGAUCCAGGGCCUCCCGGAGCACAAUGAGUUGGGCAUUUGCCCAAAAGGUGUCACCUCCAAUGUGUUCCGCUUUAACGUGUCCUCAGCAGAGAAGAAUAGCACCAACCUGUUCCGGGCCGAGUUUCGGGUGCUGCGUGUGCCCAACCCGAGCUCCAAACGCAGCGAGCAGCGCAUUGAGCUCUUCCAGAUUCUUCGGCCGGAUGAGCACAUAGCAAAGCAGCGCUACCUCAGUGGCAGGAACGUGCAGACACGGGGCUCCCCUGAGUGGCUGUCCUUUGAUGUCACCGAGACUGUGCGUGAGUGGCUCCUGCACAGAGAGUCCAACCUAGGCCUGGAAAUUAGCAUACACUGUCCUUGCCAUACUUUUCAGCCCAAUGGGGACAUCGUGGAGAAUUUGCACGAGGUGUUGGAGAUCAAAUUCAAAGGCAUUGACAGUGAGGAUGACUAUGGCCGUGGGGACUUGGGGCGCCUGAAGAAGCAGAAAGACCUGCAUAAUCCCCACCUCAUUUUGAUGAUGUUACCCCCGCAUCGGCUGGAGGGUCCAUCGUUGGGAGGCCAGAGAAAGAAACGAGCCCUGGAUACCAACUACUGUUUCCGGAACCUGGAGGAGAACUGCUGCGUGCGUCCUCUUUACAUUGACUUCCGACAGGACCUGGGCUGGAAAUGGGUCCAUGAGCCUAAAGGCUACUUUGCUAACUUUUGCUCAGGCCCUUGUCCGUACCUCCGCAGUGCAGACACGACUCACAGCACGGUGCUGGGCUUGUACAACACGCUGAACCCUGAGGCAUCUGCUUCACCCUGCUGUGUCCCCCAGGACCUGGAGCCACUCACUAUUUUGUACUAUGUCGGGAGGACCCCCAAAGUGGAGCAGCUCUCCAACAUGGUGGUGAAAUCCUGCAAGUGUAGUUGAAAGGCACGCUGGGCCACCCAAAGCCAAGAGAGAAAGUGUCAGUGCCCACUCUCCUGCUCCGAAGCUAACGUAAAAGGAACUAGGGGGCCAGAGACUGCGCAUGCUGAGGCCUGAGCACCAAACUUUGUGGCUCGUGGUCUGGCAGCCCUUGGGGAAUCUCUUCUGGAACGUUUCUUGGUCUUGUUGGUGGUGUCACCUUCCCUCCGGGAGUUAUUUUGGUGACACAAAGGCCACACUCUCCAAAAUGGCCGGACAGUUGGUAUGGAAGAGAGGGACAGAGAGUGGAGGAACUGCUGUGUGUUUGAAUGUUGAGGUAGCUGAACUGGGAAAGUGAGAGAAUGAAAAAGAGCAGUUGAAAGGGGGAAGGGAAACUGGGUGAUGUUUCCUGUUCUGGCUUUAGGUAUCUUGGGUCCUCAGCCCUCCCCACUGGCCUGAAGAAUUAAGGUUUUCUCUUCAGGAGGAAAUCCUGAAAUUUUCUUUAGAAAAAGAAAAUGCACCAAGAAGGGAAGCUGCUCAGAGAUGCACUCAGACUUUUCUUCCUCAGAGCUGUGAUCCAGGAGUCUUUCAACUAAAACAGUGUUUCUGCCAAACCUGCAGUCUAUUUGGCAGAUCCUGGCUACCAUUUUCUAAAUGCAAAAUGCAAGGUUCCCAGCCAACCUGGUGAGGGUGGGCAAAUAUGAGGAAAAAGGGUGCUGAGCCCAUUUGCAGAAGGACUAAUGUCUCCUUCAUUCAGCGUUUUUCCCUUCGUGAAGUUUCUGAGAGACGAUUUCUGGGUCAGGGCAGGAGCAAUACCUGUGGGUACCUGAAUCUUGGGCCCAUUCACUCUUGAGAUGAUACACCCUGAGGACCCUUUGUUGUGGUUUGUGAGGUGCUUUGGGGAGUUCUGCACCUAUUCUGCACAAUGACCUGAACAUGGCCCAGGCCUCACCUGACAAGACUUCAAAAAUAUUAAUCUCAAAAACAUUGUAAAAAAUAAAUAUUUUUGGGGGGGA